CGUCAUUUUAAAAGAAAGAAAAUCUCAGCAAACGAAACAGGUGUAUACCCUCUUCGGAUAUGCGCCAGUGACUGGCGCGAUGCGUCUACACGUGUUGCAACACUGGCCAGUGGGCUGCAUCUGGCGACGUUCGCGGACGUAUCCGCCGACGGACGUGUAGUGGAGGCAUAACCGUGAAACUGCAAAGUAAUUUGUCAAUUGAGCGUGAUAAAAACGCGUCAUAUAUCAUAUCGCGGUGCUUAUGCUAGGGUGUCUAUGUCUGCGUUGCUCGAGCGCACUUUGUACUAUCUGUUUUGUCCAUUUUGUGCAAUAACGUUUCGUUCAAUAGUCGUGCAUAUGAACUUGCUUAUGAAAUAUGGCGCAAAGGUGGGCAAGAACUGAUUGAUUUUGACCCAGAAUAAAGUGAUGAACAUCGAAUCACCAUUUCUCACCUCCAAACACACAAACAUGAAGCAAUCAAAAUGCCGCACCGCUACCGCCCAGCCCCCAUCUACACAUCUCUCCUAAAGCGGGUCGUUACUGCUCGCUUCUUCUUCUUCAUCACCACCAUCAGUUUCCUAGUAUCUGUCGUUUUCAUCCAAUCUGUGAACAGGAACGACAAAAUCGUGCAACAAGUCAUAGACAACGUCAGCCGAGACAUUAAAUACAUCGAUGUGUACAGAAUACCGAGUAAGUUGUCCAAGGAUGUCAAGUUCAUACUCCUAUGGACUUCUUCCACCUACUCGCCUUUUUACUUCUUCGGCACUGGACAGCAAGCGUUCGUCGAAAACAACUGUCCGGUGACUGACUGCUAUGUUACCGACGACAGGCAGCUUCUUGAUGGUGAUGUCACCAGAUUUGACGCCAUCGCUUUCAAUGGUCGAAACAUCAAGAGCUUGCGUUACUCCCAGUUACCUGGGCCCAGGUCGCCCCGCCAAAAGUAUAUCUUCUUCAAUCUCGAGUCGUCUGACAACUACCCCGUAUGCUCCGCGAGAUACGAUGGAUAUUUCAAUUGGACAGCAACUUACAAGUUGAAUUCCGAUAUUCUGUAUCCAUAUAUAGUCAUUAAAAAUAUAAAUGGCGAAGUGGUUGGACCUAAAGUUGAUAUGAAUUGGAUUAAAGAUUAUGCAGAUGUGGAUGAUGAAUUUGUAGAUAAGUUGAAAAGUAAAAGUAAGGCUAUAGCUUGGUUUGUAUCGUCUUGUUCAGUCAGAAGCAAAAGGGAUAAUUUCGUUGCAGUUUUCAGUAAGGAGUUGUCUUCUCACGGGUUCGGUAUUGAUAUAUUCGGGAAAUGUGGUCAACAUAAAUGUCCUAUCGAUAGAACAGAGGACUGCAAAAAGAUGCUGGAGAAGGAUUACUUUUUCUACCUCUCAUUGGAGAACUCUUUCGCCGAAGAUUAUAUAACUGAGAAAGUGUUAACUGCGUUACAGCAUAAUGUAGUGCCUAUUGUAUAUGGAGCAGCAAAUUAUUCAAGAUUCCUACCACCAGGCUCUUAUAUCGACGCCAGAAGUCAGGACGCGAAGUCAUUGGCUGACACAGUGGCUCGUCUUAUCAGUUCCCCUACCUCAUACAGUAAGUACUUCAAAUGGAAGAACCACUACAGCUUCCACGACGCGACCUCUACGGAGGACGUAUGCUCUGUCUGCACCGCCCUCCACAAUAAGAGCAUGAUGGAGACUACAUCCGUAUAUAAAACCUUCAGGGAGUGGUGGAAUCCUAACUACAGGAGCAGAUGCAGCUGGUUUUUGGACGACGAUGACGCUUAGAUGGACAAUAUCUGCUUAAUACCUUUUUUGCCACGCAUAAAAAAGGUUCCGGGAGACUAUAAAUUCAUUAUUGCAGCUAAAGAGGCGUACUUAUUUAAAGUUCAAACGCUAAUUUAGCGUAUUUAGUACCAAAGCUUCGUCGUGCAGGUGUAGGAUAAACAUUAGAAGAUGUUGAAUCAUUGAAAAAUAAAUGUUAUUUAUUUCUAGAACAAUAUUUUGUUAAUUGCUUUGUUUGAUGAACGUUAACUUAAAUAAGCUUUUCCACUAGUACCAAGUAGGUCCCUAUUUGAGUUUUUAAUUUAUCCAAAAUGACAAUCUUUAAGUAAGUAGAUUUUUAUAAUAUAAUAGAUAGCAUGAUUAGAUUUAAACGGCGUUGAAUUCCAAAGAUUUUAGAAUAUUAUUUAGUCGAAAAUAAUUUAAUUGUUAAUCAAUUAAAUUAAGCAAUCUCACUUAAUAUUUUAUUGAAAAUUAUAAUAGAAAGAAAACCGUAAGUAGGUACUUCGUGGGCAAUUCCUGUUUUUGAAUAAAAGAUUAUUUUGUAACAACGAAAACAUUUAAUGUAAGCUAAACUUCAAAUGUAAAUUGCGAUAUAACUGAAGCUUCCAAUAGCUUAACUAGGUACGAGGUAUAUAGGUACUUAGUUAGUCUAGUCUUAGUUAUAGUCAACACUAAGGAAAUAAUUUAAGAUGGAAAUUUUUAGUGUCUUAUUGUCAUUGUCGACAGGUUGUUAGUUAUAUAAGAUUUGUAAGCAAUUUGCAAGUGAUUAUUUGCAGUUCCAGAAGUUUAAAUAAGUUAUCUAUGUUGUAUAGUUACUUAGAGACUUUUAUAUAUAUUUUCGUUAUUCUGUAGACUUUAGGUCAUGUUAAUUAUUAUAAUAUUUCGUUUGUUAAAGUAAAAAAAAUAUAUAUUUUGAUAUGUGUGGCAUGAGAUGAAAUGACAAUACUUUAGUAUGGAACGCGGAGGAAAUUUGAAGUUGAUAAUAAAAGAGAAGACCUUAUAGUUUGAGGAACUAAUAAAAAAAGUGUGAUGUUAAGAUAUCAUUGUCAUAUUUUGUUGCUUUAAAAGUAUAAUUUUGUUUUUUGUUUUCAUUUCAUUACAGUAUAUUAAUAUACUUAUGUAGCUAUAAAAAGUUAUAGGUAUAUAAGUAGUUACAGUAAGUUUAUUAAAAACUCAUAAAACAUAAACCUAGUUACGACAAGUUUAAAGUUAAUGUAUAACAUGAUUUUUCUUGAAUUUAAGCACAGGAGUUGAAGUUAGUUAAUUUCGUAAUUUAAAAAUUGGUUGGUUUUUAAGUGUGCAUUUAUUAUAAGUAAGUACUUAAUUGUUUAACUAUAGUUUGAUUUGCAAUCUGUAGUCAAACGAAAAAACUUUUGAGAGUCGCGGUCGGCUUUUUGUGUUUUUAAUGUUUCUAUAGAAAGAUAUAUUUUUUUAAACCUUCUCUCUAAGUUUAAAAAAUAAAACAUCGUAUGUUGAUUUACAUCAAACUAGCCCGCGAUUUUGUCCGCGUUGCCUUAUUUUUUUUGAGAAUCCCUGUGUAUAAAAGUAUCCUAAGUCUCGAAUAGGUAAUAAACUAUAGAUACUUCUUUAAAUAUAAAACUCAAAGAUGAUUGACUGACAUAGUGAAAUAUCAACGCACAGCCCAAAUCACUAUACGGAUCGGGCUGAAAUUUGGCAUGCAGGUAGAUGUUAUGACGAAGGCAUCCGCUAAGAAAGGAUUUUGAUCAAUUCUACCCCCAAGGGGAUAAAAUAGGGAAUGAAAGUUUGUAUAAAACUUUGUCAAUUUUAAACCGAUCGAGCUGAUACUAUGUAUGCAGGUAUAAGAGGAAUCAUAGAUGAAUGUCAUUGUGUAUAAAACAAGCCUGGGAAAAAAAACUGUAGUCUACACUCCAGCUCUACACCGAAGCGAAGCGAGGGCGGGCCGCUAGUUAUUAAUAAACGGGGAAUAAGCUAAGAAUACUUACGCCGUGUCUUGUUCAUAUCACGUGCCAUUUAUCAUUCAAUGAACAGAGACAAAACAUAAAGUCCAGCCGUUUUUGCGUGAUUAUUCUCUGAAAACUAAAGUUUACGCGGACAAAGUCGUGAGUGGCCGCUAGUAUUGAAUAUUUUCCAGUGCCAUUUCUGGUCGGUAAUAGCAGUCUAAAUGACUACUUCCGUUGCAUUAUACUGACACGCUCUAAAUACGUGCAUUGUGCCGUAUCAGCUGGCUAUUAAAGUGCACUUAUAAAUGUUCUUCCCGCAAUAUAACAGAGUUGUGGUGUUAUGAUUGGUCCUGUUGGACAAAUUAGUUUGACUAUUUUAGUUACUUCAAACAAACAUACAUACGUUAAUUGUUAUCUCUAAAUCUGAGUAAAAUAAUGUAUAUCAUAAUACAUUUUCAGCUUAAAUAAUUAAAAAAUAUUGAUAAUAUGAAUAAAAACUGUACUUAAGUGGUUAAAUAGCGUUUCAAAUAAUAUGUUAACAUGUUGCCAUUGUCAGAACUAUUGUGAUAAUAAGUUGUAAUUUCA